AUGCAAGAAACGUCUUCGAUGUACGCUUUCCCUUCCAUCGGUGCACUGGAGAACUACUACCUGUUCGAGCACCCGCAUGUCCACAAGAGAUCGACAGACCCCGCGCAUGAGCACCACGGAAACCUCCACGCUGACCCUAAGGUGCACUGGGUGGAGCAGCAGGUGGAGAAGCGGCGCGUGAAGAGGGACGGCAGCGCGGAGGACGUCGCCGCGGCCCACGCCAGGCAGCCGCGGCAAUUCGGCGACUUCUCGAGGUUCUUCUUCUCCCCGACCGCCGCGCCGUCGAGGAGGGGCUCAAGCCGUUUCCCGGACCCGCUGUACUCGCAGCAGUGGUACCUGUCCGAGGGCGCGAUCGGGGGCUACGACAUGAACGUGGGUCCGGCGUGGGCGCGAGGCUACACCGGCAAGGGCGUGGUCAUCUCCAUCCUGGACGACGGCAUUCAGCGGAACCACCCGGACAUCGCGCAGAACUACGACCCCCAGGCAUCGACGGACAUCAACGACAACGACCCCGACCCGAUGCCGCGCGACAACGGCGACAACCGCCACGGGACGCGCUGUGCCGGAGAGGUCGCGGCCGUCGCCUUCAACGACUACUGCGGCGUCGGCGUGGCCUACAACAGCAGCAUCGGAGGCGUGCGCAUGCUGGACGGCACCGUGAACGACGCAGUGGAGGCGCGGGCCAUCUCGCUCAACCCUUCCCACAUCGACAUCUACUCGGCGUCGUGGGGGCCUGAGGACGACGGCAAGACAGUGGACGGGCCCGGACCCCUGGCCAAGAGGGCCUUCAUCAACGGCGUCAUCAAGGGUCGCCACGGCAAAGGGUCCAUCUUCGUGUGGGCUUCAGGCAACGGCGGCAGACACACAGACAACUGCAACUGCGACGGAUACACCAAUUCCAUUUUCACUCUGUCCAUUUCGUCCGCGUCGCAAAGAGGGUACAAGCCAUGGUACCUUGAGGAAUGUUCAUCAACCUUAGCCACGACGUAUAGCUCUGGCACCCCAGGCCUAGAUCGCAGCGUUGCCACAGUCGACAUGGAUGGCAACCUGAGAUCGGAACACAUUUGCACGGUGGAACACACAGGUACAAGUGCCUCAGCCCCCCUCGCAGCUGGAGUGUGCGCCCUAGGUCUUGAGGCUAACCCCGACCUGACCUGGCGUGACAUGCAACACCUGGUGGUCAUGUCAUCCCGUUACGAGCCACUCAGCCAAGAGGACGGCUGGUUUGUGAACGGCGUUGGGCGAAGAGUGAGUCACAAAUUCGGCUACGGUUUGAUGGAUGCUGGCAAGCUGGUGGAGCUAGCAGAGAAAUGGACGACAGUUCCCCCGCAGCACGUGUGUCAGAGCGUGAAGGAUAGAACUAAGCAGACAAUACCAACCAUUACGGGGGAGUCUGUGGUUGCUGAAAUCACUACAGAUGGAUGCGCUGGAACUUCAGCUGAAGUGCGGUACUUGGAGCAUGUGCAAGCAAGAGUGUCCUUGCGCUUCCUGCCCAGAGGAAAUAUCAAUAUUAGGCUUGUGUCUCCAUCAGGGACAACAUCCACGCUUCUCUUUGAGAGACCUCGAGAUGUCUACUCGGAGAAGUUUGAUGACUGGCCCUUCUUGUCUGUCCACUUCUGGGGAGAGAAAGCAGCUGGAACUUGGAGGCUUAUUGUGACCAAUGCAGGAACAAGACAAGUUCAUCACCCAGGUGUCUUGACGCAGUGGCAGCUCAUCCUUCACGGCACGCGGGAGCCACCUGGCCGCCUCCGCUCCGAGCAACCCCAGGGGUCAGAAUCCUUUUCCUUCCCCCAGGCCCAUCCCACCCAGUCCUCCUCAGCACCCCUCUUCCCCUCUCGAAGACCCUCUCACAGUCCUUUGACCAUCAGUAUUUUAGACCAGAUCCUCGCAGGGUCGACCCCAGAUGCCACAUACGCCACAGCUGAUGGGAAAAUUAUACCUGGGCCAAACCAAGUGCCUGCAGCUGAGAAUAGUGACAAUGCUGAUAAUAAGUAUUUUGAGUCGGAGGUUUGCCACAGCCAGUGUCUUGGGGGCUGCUCUGGGCCGGGACCUGAUAAGUGUAAAGCCUGUCAUCAUUAUAGUCUUGAAGGGGAGUGUGUUGGUAGUUGUCCUGAAGGAACUUAUGGGUCAGAGGACAGGGAAUGCCUGGGUUGCGAUUCCUCCUGUGCUCUGUGCAGUGGACCAGCUCAGAACCAGUGCGUAGCUUGUCAUCCUAGCGCGUUAUAUGUUCUCCACCUUGGGAUCUGUGUUGAAACUUGCCCAGAGGGAUAUUAUCCAGUGAAUGGAACCUGUGUAAACUGUGGGGGCCAUUGCACCGAUUGUACUGGCCUAGGACAGUGUAACAGAUGUAGCCAUAAUCUCUUGCUCAGCAAUGGGACCUGCACAACAAGAUGUCCUGAUGGCUACUUUGAGACUGACAACAAUUCAUGUGGAUCUUGUUAUCCACAGUGCCUGACUUGUGUUGGAGGCACCAACGCAGAUUGCGCUGCCUGUAGAGCUAACUCCUUCCUUCAUCGUGGGAAAUGCGUUUAUCGUUGUCCUAAAGGAACAUACGGUGAUGUAACAACACAAGAAUGCCUGCCUUGCCCCUCUGGCUGUGCAAGCUGUACCAGUGACUCCUGCACUUCUUGCAUCGAGGGCUGGAGGACCAAGUCUGGCCGUUGUGUUGCUCGAUCCAACCAUUGUCACCUCAAUGAGUAUGCCAGCCCCUCUGGUACAUGUGAGGCAUGCCAUUCAUCAUGCCUAGCCUGCAUUGGCACCAGGGAGGACCAGUGCCUACAUUGUGCGCAACAGCGGUUCCUGAUGAAUUCCCAGUGUGUCCAGACCUGUCCCAGCGGUUUCUUUGCCCAGCGUGGCCGUUGUUUGCCCUGCGCUCAUGGCUGUGAGACCUGUUCCUCGUAUUCCUCGUGCUCCUCCUGUUCUCCGCGAUUCUACCUGCAUGUGGAUCAGUGUGUUGCCUCAUGCCCUGAUGGAACCUACAGUGACAGAGGAGUUUGUUCUUCAUGUGAUGCCUCCUGUAAGACAUGCUAUGGGCCCAGAGUUGACCAGUGUGCAUCAUGCCAGAACGGAUCCUUCCUGCUUGACGGCACUUGUCACCAGACCUGCCCAGAAUCCCAUUAUCCUCAAGAGAGUGAAUGUCUCCCAUGUUACCACAACUGCAAGACAUGUAGAGGCUCGGGACUAAACGACUGCACCUCCUGCCGUGACUACCUCACCCUUGAUGGCGGUAUGUGCAUUGAGUGCCGCUCAGGCAGGUACUAUAACCUCUCCACUCAGAGGUGUGAGGCAUGCAGUCCAUCCUGCUUGACCUGCUCAUCAGGAGGGGAGAGCAGCUGCACAUCCUGCCAGUCACCCAAGUCCCUGCACACUGCCUCAGGCACGUGCCGCAUCUGCUGUCCACCAGGCAUCUUCGAGGAGGAACAUAACACCUGCUGCUCUUGUGAUCCCUUAACAGCCCAAUGUUAUGGAGCAGUGUCUGCUGACAAGAGAAGAAUUGCCUUAAGCUUGAAGACUGGUCUCCAUCAAUCUCCUCCAGUAGAGACAUACUUCUCGUCUGUCACAUAUUUAGUGGUUGUUAUUUGUUCUGUGAAUUUGUUAAUAUUUGGUGCUGUUUUCACUGUGCUUCAGGCCAGAUCAACAGGUUCCCUUUGUUGGAGAAGUGACUACGACUACAGCGCCCUCAAGAAUGGGAGUAUGUCUGAACGCGUUUCGCUCACCCUUACCCCAUACACGGAGGAAGACUCAGAGGACGAGAGAGAGAAUGAACUACUAUACAUGAAAACUUAAGGUGGCCUUCCUCUAGAGGAGAGAGUGAACUAUGGUGCAAAACGAGACAGAAAGGAAAAUUGUUUGCAAGGAGAAUUGCUUUUUUGGGAAUAUGCUCAGAACCAGCAGCAAAAUGACGCUACUGAUAGUCUCGGCUCAUAGUUAGAGAAAUACUUAAUUGAUCCUCAGGUCAAAGUUCGUGGAAGCGUGGGAGAAGCAGAAGUAAUGCAUAGGUCUUGAAUGUGAGAUGUUUUAUUUAUUAUAUGUCAUAUCAUCUUUUUUAUCUAUAAUAUUUUUUUUUAUAUACAUAAAUAUAUAGGGAAAUUAUUGUAGAGGUAUUGGGGCACCAUGACUAUAAAGAAAACAGUGUUGUGUAAUGAUAUAUUGGUACCGUAAAGAAAAAAGAAAAUUGGAAAUGGCAUAUAAAAAUGAUGGCAAACAUAUCACACAUAUAAAUUUAUUUAUGGUUAUAGCUUUUAAAUACUUGAAUAUUUAAAUUCUGAGGUAAGCUUGUUGCUCAUUUCACACAGUCUAAUAGUCAAAGAAAGAGAAGAAAACAAAUUGAGGAUUUAUAGCCAUAUAUUUUACUUUAUUUUUGACCCUUAAAAAAUGUCCCUUUUCUCCCUGAUUGAUAAUUGAUUUCCUUAUGUAGAGUACCUCUCAGAAUGUGUUUUAGCUGCACCUUUUAGUAAGAGAAAAGAAGAAAAAAAAGUAAGAAACUAAAAGACAUUACAGUUUACGAAACAUGGGGGAAUUGUGUGUUAGUAUUUCUAAUAAUAUUGUGCAAAGUUUUGUGGUGACCGGGAGAGAUUUAGUGCAAGUGUGAAUGUGUCAUUCAUCUCUUUUCUGUUUGUUCCAACUUGAAGAAUUUUGAUGUAAAAGUGCUUAUUUUCUUCUUUUUUCAGUGUAUGUGUGGCCUGAUCACAAGUCAUUUAAACAAGGAAAGAAAAUUAUUUACUUUUUUUUUAUAGGAAAGUCCUAUAUACAGAGUAAGGUUUACCUCAGAAUAAUAAGAAUAUUUAGUCAAUGACUGGAGAAUGUCACCCACCUCAAAACUUAAUUAUAGAUUACCAUUGAUUAUGGUUGGACCACAUUAUUAUUGUUAGUAUUACUAAUACAAAUGAAAAACAUUUUAUAGCUCUAAUUUUUAUAUUUUAUAUUGCAUUAUUUUGAGUUUGUGUAUUGGGUAUUAUGCUUUGUGUAUAUCCAGUACAUUAAAAAAAGGAAACAAAUCAGUGUGUAUAGAUAUGAAGUUGCCGAUAGACAUAUUUUAUAAGUGAAUUUCUUCCCCCCCCCCCCUUUUUGAUAUUGGAAUGAAGUAUGGUGCUGUUGCAAUGCUAAAUACUUACUGAUGUGAUACAAUAUUGGGCAUAAGUGUGCCACAUAAUUUCUAUAUGAAAAUCAAGGACCACAUCUUCAAACUCACGCAGACUGACCCUUUCGUUCUGGUCAGACAUUGGUGUUCAUGGAAAUGUUAAUUGCAGCUCUAUACCGAUGACACAAGGAGGGUAUAGUCUAGUCAGAGUGACAGCCCCACAUAUGUGACGGCUCUGAUGAGAAACCUCGUUCACAGAUAUUUCACGUACAGCAUUUCUGUAUAGGUCAACGAAAUACUUCAGAAAAAUGUUCUUUUAAGCAAGUAUCACUUUCUUCCACCAAAGGUCUAAACUUCUUCUAUUAAGUCUAGUGCUAAUUACCUGAUCUUCAAAGCAAGCAGUGAUAAGACAUUGAAACUGCUGAUCUGAUACUCUAGAAGGUGAUGUUUGUGAGAAAAAAAAAAAGAGAGCAACUCUCGUGAUCCUGAUAUAUUUCUGCUUUUAGAUUAAGGUAAUUCUUCUUGAGAUAAGGAGGGAUAAAGCUGGUGUUUCAAGGGAGGGGGUUUCAGUGAUUCAAAGGCAGUUCAGCAAUGUUCCAAAAUAUUAUGAACGAGACAGAAGUCAAAACAAAUCUUCCUUUAAUCCAUUUAAAAAGACAAAAUUAUCCAAAUGAAAUCCUUGUUAAGAUAUGCAUUAGAACCUGCAAACAGAAAAAUCCCUUUUUUUCCAUAAGAUUAUUCAACAUAUAUAUAUUUUUUUUCUUUGGUUCUUUUUUUUUAGUAAAGUCUUAACUAAGUUUGUCACUAUGUAUAUAGAAGAUAACCGCGCUCUGAUAAGUUAUUCUCUCAGGAAAAGCAGACGUUUUUAGUCAUUCACAGAGAGGAGUCAGUAAAGUGCUCAAUCAAGGGGUCACAAAGAUACAUUGAGUUUGAUGAUUGUGGUGCCAUAAAUUAUAUAAAAUAUACUUCAUAAUGUCACAAACAAGGACAUAAUGCCUUGUGAUAGGGUGGCCUUAAUGAAUAAAUGUAGUUAGUCUUUUUAUAUUGCCCAUGUUAUUGAUUAUGUCCGUGUAAUAGCCAUGUUACCCUGUAAAUGAGUUGUGUUCCCUCUUCAAUCUGAUUAAAACUAUAAUAAUUUUGUUGAGAUAUUUUGUGAAAUGUCUUCCCCAUUCUUUCAUUUUGAAAAGGAAAAAACUAAAAUAUUGUGAUAAUGCUUGCCAAUCUCAUUUUUCUGAUUUUUUCCCAAGAAAAGAAAAACAAUUUUUUUUUUUAAUAUUUGGAACUGGAAAAUCAUAAUCCUUGUCAUAGUGGUUGAAAUCCUAAAGAAUAGUAAUUUCAAACGGUUACAUAUUUAGAAUAUGUGGUUUCACAAAAAAGUUUAAAUUUCAGUAAGUACGUAAGUUUAGACUGAAGCAUUUAGUGUAAACUCCACAUUGGCUGUCAAAGGUGCAUGCCUAUUCUUUUCGUAUGUACAACGCAGAAAGGUUGAACUGUCACUAUGUCAAGAUUAUGUGCUAGAUUUUAUCCCUUUUUUAUAUAUUUUUUUUUUUUUCAAAAUUAUUAUUAUUCUGUUGUGCAGUGUGCAAUACUCACUUUUUGUAAAUUUAGUAAUCUUAUGAGAUUUUCAGUGAUAUGGUAAAUAUUGUACAUUAUGCAUGCAUAGUGAAUGUGAAAAAAAUAUGUAAAAAUAUAUGUGUCAUUUAGUAUUACUUCAUUGAGAGCAAAGAUAAGAAAAUAUUGAGUGAGUCCAACAAAGAAGUCCCUAUGUAAGUGAUUCUAAUACAACACAGCAUUUUGUUGGUAUAAGUCAACCAUCUUUAAAGGUCGUCCAUUGUUACUAUCUUGUUUGUAAACAUUCUGAUGAUUACAGGCUAUCCGUCGCUAAUGAAUUAUAGAGAAAAGAGCAUAUCACUUUUUUCCAGGUCCCAGACACGUUCUGUCAUGUUAGCCCAAAACAUGUGAUUCAAAGCAGCUUGGGAAACCUUUGACUAUGAUGAAUAAUAUUGAAGGUUUGCAUUUUGACUUAGUUAACUAGUCAUUACUGUCAGAAUAACUAAUGCCAGAGACAGCUGUAGGUAUAUCUCCUUUAUAUGCUGUUUUUUCUUGCAUUACUUGAAAUGUUUUUAGCUUUUUGUAUAAAAAAUAGAUAAAUGGGAUGAAAUGUGACCAUAGAAAAUAAGCAUAUAAGCAAAGUAAUUUUUGGGGAUGAUUUUUCACUUGUAACUACAAUGAAUCUAUCAUAUGAAGUUUAUUGACUUGAUCAUUUCUUCUUUUAUUAUUAAUCAAAAAGAAUCCGCACUAACAUCUAUCAUAUUUAAGUAAGGCUUUGAUAAGGAAUUUAGUUAAUAAAUAGCGAAUGACCUGCAGAUAAGCAGUCACAUAUCGAAAAGUAGUUGCAAGUCUCACUUGCGACUUAACACUACACGCUCUACUAUAUUUAUUUAUAGGUGAUGAGGGCAUUGUCAUGCAAAUCAUGCUGAAAAUUUUUGCCAUUUUGUGCACAAGCGAAGGGAGAGGGACAUUAUCAGCCCCAUAAUUAGAAGGUGGGUGCAUUCAAUGGUAAAGAAGUCUGAAAGUUCCAGGCAGACUGAAACUCAAACAAAAUUACUAACUUAAGACCUAGAAGAUUUUUAUGAGAUUACAUAAGCAUGGAUAUUAUUUAUCCCAGAAAUAUUGUGGUAAAAUAAUGGCACAAAUAAUCUUUGGGUUAAACUUGAAUAGAAAGUUGUCUUACAGGCUGCCCAGAGAAGUUUACUUGUAAAUCAAGACUGAUUAUAUGUAAGUAACUGAUAGUACUUUCUCUGUUUGCCGAAUGCAAAAGUAUAUUUGAUUACAACAUAGCAAACAUCAAGUCAUCUCAGUCUUAUAUUUUCUGACAAACAAGAAUAGGUAUUCUAGUUGAAAUCUAAAAUAAUAAGAGCAGUUUCUCUGUGUAUAAGUAAGAAAAAUGAAAUAAAUUAUGCAAAGGGAUAAGUAGUUACUAAAUAAGAUUUCAUAAUACAAGUAUAGGUAUUUCUUACAGAGGUUAGAUUUCAUAACCUAGUACCUGCUAGGGAGUCAUUGGUAUCCAAAGUUAAUGAGAAUAGUCAUCAAAGACUGUCAAUGAAUUAAUAUCAUUGAUAUUUUAAUUUAGGGAAUAUUUUGUAAUUUUACUGACUGUUAUAUAAGAGCAACACUAUUAUUUUGUAUUAUAUGGUAACAAAAUUGAUAAGCAAUCUAUGGGAAAGAACACUUGUGAAGUUGUGAUUUCACUGAUGAAAACUAAAGUUUUCUGUGACUAGCAUCUCAAUGACAAGAAGUUGCACAGUAAGUUGAUUAUCACUGUUUCAUUAUCUUUUCUUUUUGGAUUAUUGGUAAUACAUGCCAUUGUCACCCUCCAAUGUUUAUAUGGAUUUUCUUAUUAACUCCAGCCCACCAAUCUUUUGUUUGUAAGAUGUGUCACAUCAACUAUGAUACUUUCACAUUUUACAAAACACUUGAAAGGUUGUUUCUAUACACAUUAAUAUCCAUAUUUUCACCUUGAAUGUGCUUUGUGCAAGAAACAAGAAAUAAUGUGUGAUUACAAUGGAGUGUGUGAUGUGCUCUAGUUGGAAGUUGUAAGCAUAUACAUAACAGUAGUAAAGCCAUUAGCAUCAUUAGGGAAACAAGACUUUGACUACCUAGGUGGGAUGCAGUUGCUUAACAUUUUAUUAAACAUAUAAUCAUUAGAGGACAAACAGACCUGGUCAGUGGUACAGACAAUGAAUGUAUUAUUAUUAUUAUACAUUUUAUUUUUCUUAUAGAAAUUGUAUAUUUUCAUAAUUCUAUUUAUCACUUUUGUUAUUAAUUUUAUUCAAAACUGCAUGUAUUAUUCUGAAGAUAUUUCUAUUCCCCCAAUUUUAGUUAUUUUUUAUUAUUGGUAUAACUAUCAUUAGUAGUGGUUUGCCCAUUUUUUUAAAAUACUUGAAUGAAAGGCUUGAAUAAUGGCUGGUGAUAAUCUAUAGUGAUUACCAUUAGCCAAGGGGCAGUAUUAUAACUACAGUUUCAACUUCUUGUUCACAAUACCACUGUGUGAUGACAGUGAAUGUUAUAGUAACAAUAUACACUGUACAUAUCUUAGGAGUAUAUAUUUAAUAAAAGUGUUAUACAUUGCAAGACUU